AUAACAUCUGAGUGGAUUAGCCGCUCGGAGGACUUUAAAAAGGGCCAGACAGAGAGAGGAACACCAAAAGCGAGAAACAAGCCAAGCUCAUCACACAGCAUCAGAAAAAACACUUGGAGACUUCAACAAAAGUAUCCAAUUGAAAUGGCAGACACAGCCGUUGCACUUCCCGCCGACAAGAAGGCCCCUCCCAGAUUCAAGCAGAGGGCCGCUCGUACCUUCAAGAGCAAGGCACCUAAACCCGGCCAGAAGGGAUUCGGAGACGAUAUCCCCGGCAUGGAGGGUCUUGGCACAGACAUCACAGUGGUUUGCCCAUGGGAAGCCUUCGGGGACAUGGAACUCUGUGACCUGGCGAAAUAUGGAAUUGUUUAGCCCUCUUCCCUCUGCCUUUACCAUCCGUUGUUCCUCAUGUAUCCCAACUGUUUACUGAACAGCUGAAAAGAGAUAGCAGCUUUUAAUUAAAGGUUUUGACCUGGAAAAAAAGAAAUCCAGUACUCUAGCUUGUCUCAUGCACUUUAUCUUCGACCAAUUCUCCAUCAUCCUCGUAACGAGUGGUGUCAGCAGCCUGUACUUUCCACAGAGGAAAAAGAAGAAAUCAAAUGGAGUAUCUAUUUUAUAAUAUGAAAGAGGGUCCUCUUUUUCCACCUCUUCCCCUCAAAGCUGCUAAUCCAACAUGCACAGAUGUCUAUUUUGUGUCUUAGCUACAUAAACAUUUUAUUUUUAAGAGAAAGUCUAUGAUUCACUUCACUCUUCAGUGAAAAGAUCAUGUAUCUAUUUUGUCAGUAGAGAGGAACAACUCCAUAAACACAAUAAAAGUUAAUAGUUUGACCAUC